UUGUUUCAACGCAUCUAUAUGUACAGUUUAUGUGACUGUAAUUUUGUUGUUCUCUGCUAUUUUUUUAGUCUUUAGUUGUACCGAACACUCCAGUUGAGCCGUUAGAGUACUUCCUGGAUAAUGAAGCUCGAGAGAUUUAGUUUGAGAUUGUAAGAUGGAGACCCCCGGUUUUGGGACUACCCUCUUAUAGAAUUUCACACACCCAGCUGGUGAAGUAGCUGAUCAAACGAGUAAUGGACCUUCAUUGAGAGGUAACUAUAACUUUUAUGGCUAACUUCUAUAUCAUUUGAACCAAGUGUUUGAAGAGUUGAAUUCAGUAAGAAUUAGAAAUUUAUGGAUUAUGCCUACAUAUGGAAAAACAUUUCUACCUCUAAAUUUCUAUUUAUUUGUAUGAGGUUUUUUCUCCUCCUUUGUUGGCGUUGCUGCUUCUGCUUGUAAAGUUAUUGGUUUGCAAUAUUAAUCUUUCUGCUCUCUGCGGUUAUACAUAUUCUUGUUGUGUAUGUUUCUCAUUGUAUGGCUAGCAUUAAUACCUAUUUUGCUUAUGCAGUUUUGCCCGACUUUGCUCAAGUGUACAGCUUCAUUGGCAGUGUCUUUGACCCAAAUGUUACUGGGCACAUGCAAAAACUAAAGAAAAUGGAUCCAAUUGAUGUUGAAACAGUGUUAUUGUUGAUGAGAAACCUCUCCAUCAAAUUUGACCAGCCCAAAUUUUGAGGAUCAUAGGAGGUUGCUUUCAUCAUAUGAGAUUGAGUUGGAGAAGGAUUGUUCCAAUGGUGCAAAUAUAGCCCUCAAGGACUAAUAAUCUGAGAAUGCUGCUCAAUUUAGUUGGAUUUUUUGGUUGCAUACUGAGUUGCAAAGUUAUUGGUCGUUAUGAUAUGGAGGGAGGAAAAGGUAAUUAUAUUCUGAACCAUCUCAUGUAUUCUUAAAAUGGGCUCUAAGUGAACAAUAUGUCAUGUAUCCUCAAAGGAGACCUGCCGGAAAUGUGGUAAUAUGUUGAUUGGCUAGGGCAAUAUUAUGGGGAUUGUGAGGGAAAUUGUACAAAAGAUCUAUUUUUCCCUGUGUUUGUGCAUCUAUGCUCAUAAAAUAAUUAUAUGUAGUUUGAAAUUUGCAAAAGUCAAGAAGAAUAAUGGAAGCAUG